UCUCAGUUCCUCUAGGCUGGUUUGCUUCUGGUUUGGUUUUCAAGAUGGCUCUCCAUCUGCAGCAUCUUCUCUUGGUGAUUCUACUCUCUGUAAAUGUGGUCAACAUCCAAGCUCAAGAGACAGGCCUGUCUGAGUCUUGGACCAGCCGAUCCUGUAAAUGUGACUGUGAUGGAGAGGGUCCCACUGAUGGUUCCUCCUUUAGCUCGGCGAUGGUGCGAGGGCUGGACUGCAUGCCAGAGUGUCCGUACCACAGGCCGCUGGGGUUGGAAGCUGGAUCAGUGAGUGCCGAGCAGAUCUCAUGUUCAAACCAGGAGCAGUACACCGGCUGGUUCUCCUCAUGGCUCCCCAACAAGGCUCGCCUUAACAGCCAGGGAUUUGGCUGUGCAUGGCUGUCCAAGUACCAGGACAAUAACCAAUGGCUGCAGAUCGACCUGAGGGAGGUGAAGGUGGUCUCUGGUAUUCUGACCCAGGGCAGGUGUGACGCGGACGAGUGGGUCACUAAAUACAGCGUCCAGUAUCGCUCCGACGAGAAACUCAACUGGAUCUACUACAAGGACCAGACCGGCAACAACAGGGUUUUCUAUGGAAACUCCGACCGCUCGGCUUCAGUCCAGAACCUGCUGCGCCCGCCCAUCGUGGCGCGCUACAUCCGCAUCCUGCCCCUGGGCUGGCACACUCGCAUUGCCCUUCGUCUGGAGCUGCUCCUGUGCAUGAGCAAAUGCUCCUGA